GAGCGUCAAAAGCUCAGCAUCUGGCAACAUUGUUUCAGUUUUCUGAAUCCGAUUUCCGCAGUCGAUAUUCUCUACAAUUACCCAAGCUUUUAUAUUUAUUUUUGGACUGCGAGUGUUAGUUACGGUGAUAAAUACUUACGAGUGAUUACAUUGUGUGUAUAAUAUAACUAAUAAUAUAUGUGUUCUUUAUUUGAUUGUUUAGUGUAUUGAUUGGCGCUACAAAAACAUACCUGCGUGAUUUUACAGAAAAUGGAUAAAAUCUACCAACACUGGAGAGGAUGUGUGACUCUUUUGCUGUUUUCCUUUUUAUCAGCAGCACACGCAAUAGACUGUUUCAAAUGCGUAUCAAUGAAGGGCAACUUUCCAGCAUGUGAUGACCCCUUUCACAACAACCAUUCCCUACAAAUGCUGGAGUCACCAUGCAUGGGGGGAAGGAAAGGGAGGGAUGGACUCUUCCCAGCCACUUCUUGCAUUAAAAUUGCUGGUGUUUUUGAUGACACAGGCGAAUCAAUAACAGUACGAGGAUGUGGUUUGGAUUCCGGUACAGCAACGACUGAUACGGAGAUCAUCAGAAUGUCACAUUGUGGUCGCUUUUAUUAUAAUGACAGAUAUGUCCACGGCUGUCUACAGAGCUGUAACGACGCGGAUGCGUGCAACGGAACGAACAAUGUCGUAUCAUCUGUUAUUAUUAUACUUACAGCACUAUUUCUCGUUUAUAAAAGCUAACAAUAAUUAGGAUUAUGAAUCCAAUUGAAGAUUGCUUUUAAGUUUCUUUAUUACAC